AUGACUGCAGAUAAACCCUUUCAAGACUGUAAAACCUUCCAGACUAAAACUCUUCAGAACUCCAACAUGUUGCUGCUCGUUUUCCUGUUUGCUUUGGGUCUGGCUGCUGAACUUCCUUCUGAUGGAAACGAAGUGAAACUACUGCGUGGCAACUGUCCAAUGUUCUGGUACAGCUUCAAAGGCCGCUGCUACAAGUAUGUUGCCUCGCGCAUGACCUGGGGUGAAGCAGAGGUCCACUGUUUGUCAGAGGGAGGCAACUUAGUGUCCAUCCACAGUCUGGAUGAACACAAUUUUGUGAAUGACCUGAUCAAGAACUUUGAUCCUACUCGAGAUUUCACCUGGAUUGGACUCACUGAUGUUCAUAAGGAAGGAGCGUGGAUGUGGUCUGAUGGGUCCAAAUAUGAAUUCUCCCUUUGGGCUCCUGCUGAGCCUAACAAUGUUGGAGGACAAGAACAUUGUGGUCACACCAACCUUGGUCCGAACUAUUACUGGAAUGAUCAUUUGUGCUCACACAAAAAAGCUCUUGUUUGUGCAUCUCGUAUAAAUUGCUGUUAG